AUGGUGGCGCAGUUCUCACACUCGAUCAUCUCCCAACCACCACCGCCCUCGGUAAUGAUCUCGACAAUGACCAUCACUUCCACCCAACCAGAUCGCGGUCUCAUCCGGGAGCGAUUAAUCCCCCAGACACCGGUAUCGGCAACUAGCACCAGCCGGACCAACACCGGUGUCCAGCGUGACAGUGUUUACUAUUCGGGAGUGACGUCCACAUGCUCGCCACACUUUACGCGGAUUGAUUUAUGCUUAUCAAACAACGCCAUCAGUGACUUUCCGCUGGAGGAGGUGACACUGCUGAGCUUGCGGCUAGAGAGCCGUGUUAGGGCACGACAAGUCGCGGACACAUUCGCAAAGCGUCCAGUUCUAGGUGUGAACAUCAUCAACCUUUCGCAUGGGGCGGCCCUUGGGUGGGUUUCGCCAUACCUGCCGGUGCUGAUGAACCCGGAUCAGGAUAUCCUGGAUACGGGACCGGUCACGAUCGAGCAAGGAUCAUGGAUAGGAUCGAUCCUUUGCCUCGGCGCGCUUUUCGGUGCGUUCCUGUACGGAUUCAUGGUGGAGAAGGUUGGCAUCAAACGAACGCUACAAGCCCUCGUAGUUCCGCACUCGGCGUUCUGGAUCAUCACCUGCCUUGCCACCUCCGUCACGCAGCUAUACCUAGCGCGUUUCCUUGCGGGCCUUUCCGGUGGUGGCAUCAUCGUUGUGUUCCCUCUCUUCAUCGCGGACAUCUCCGAUAAGAAAAUCCGUGGAAUUCUCGGUUCCUUUCUGGCGCUCACCAGCAACGGCGGUAUCCUUCUCAUGUACGUCAUUGGUGACGUUCUGUCGUACCGCACAGUUGCCUUAUCCAUGCUUGUGCUACCCCUGAUCUUCACCAUACUGAUGUGCUUCAUUCCGGACACUCCACAAACCUGCCUGAAGAUGGGCAGACCAAUUGAAGCGGAACGGUGCUUUAUGUUCUACCGUGGCAUCAAAACACCGGCCGAGAAAACGUCCGCCUUUCGGCAGGAGUUCGACAACAUGGAAAAGUUUAUCGAACACAACGCCGGCCAGAGCUCACGAGUCACGCUAGCGGACUUCCAAUCACGUGAAGCGAAGCUGGGCCUGUUCAUCGGUGUGUUCCUGAUGUUUAUCAAUCAGUUCUGUGGAGUCUUCGCGAUCCUCACGUACGCGGCCUCUAUCUUUGCUGGCGUUGGGUCCACCCUCGACCCAAACACGUCCGCCAUCAUUAUGGGCACGAUCCAGAUCGUCGGAACGCUUUCGUCCUUCGUGUUCGUGGAUCUGGCCGGCCGGAAGGUGCUGUUGAUCGUGUCCACCUUUGGUACCGGGCUGGGUUUGCUUCUGCUUGCCGUGUUCAACUGGUUCACCGGUAAUGGAGCGGAACAGUGGCUCCAGGACUACAGCUGGUUCCCGAUCGUGAGCCUUUCGGCGACGGUCUACCUCUUCUCGAUAGGGCUGUGCAAUAUUCCGUUCUUCGUGCUACCGGAAUUGCUACCACCGAAGAUAUGUAACGUUGGAAACACGCUGAGCAUGGUUUCGAUCACGAUAUUCUCUUUCAUCAGCCUGAAGAUCUUCCCGAUUAUGGUAGAGGUCAUCAAGCUUUAUGGUGCACUGGGACUGUUCGCAGGCAUUUCAUUCGCCGGUGUUGCGAUGAUCGCUUUGAUCGUGCCCGAAACGAAAGGGAAAAAUCUCAUCGGACCGCAGAAUGUUUAGAAAAUGUCAUUAUUUGUAAUA